AUGCUCGGAAAGAUGCACUACCCUCUACCAACAUCACUUGCUUCCUCGCUAGGCGGCGAAUGCAAAAAGGCUGAAGCCAUCCUGAAUUCUUUUAUCAACCCGGAUAUAGUGAGCGUGGAUAAGACGAUCCCACGCAACGUGCUUGAAAAUGCAAAGGGCCUCGCAGUAUUCAGCGUCUUCGAAGUCGGAAUGGUCCGCUCCAUCCGUUUCGGCUCUGGUCUCGUCGUCGCCCGUCUCCCCAACGGCACCUGGUCGGCCCCGUCCGCGAUCGCAACCGGAAAACUGAAGGUCAAGGGCCAAUUUGGGAUGGAAUUCACCGAUUUCGUAUACGUGCUCAACAGCGAUACCGCUGUGGAGAUGUUUUCGCAGGCGAAGAGCUUCACACUGGGCCAGGAUAUCUCCAUAGCGGUUGGACCGUUCGGACGCAGCGCAGAGCUUGCGGGAGAUUCAUAUACGGCUGAUAUAUUCGCAUACUGCAAGACACGUGCUGUCUUCGGAGGGUCAACACUUGAAGGAGCGACUAUUGGCGAGCGAGAGGAUGCAAAUCGAAAGUUGUAUCAGGAAACGGUCACACCAAGGCAGUUGCUCCGUGGAGAGGUCACUUUGCCGCCAGAGACAUAUGCACUGAUGAAGAUCUUGCAUUCGACAUGGCUGCGGCCGAUCGGAAGGAGCUCAUCUCUCGACAAGACAUCCAAGCCUGUGAAGAAAGAGUCGCAAAAUAUGGAGGCAACUGAGCUACCGUGUGAACCGCCAGAGACUUCUUCAUCACCCACGCCAACAGUGACGCCGCCAGCCUCCUCACCAGUGACACCACCAGCUGCCGCACGAGAGUCUAGGUUUUACGGACAAAAGCCGGGAGUACCUCAGAUCACGAUAGAAAUUACCGAUUGUUCAGCAGUUGAGCUGCCGAAGAGCCUAACGAUGGAUCCCCCGCCGCAGCGAAAUUCUGUGCCGGUACAGCCUGAUUCAAGGUCAAGUUCCCCUACUCGACGACCGACUGUCCUGACGCCGGGAAGACGAUCGUGGAGUGUCUCGUCCGGGAACAGCUGGAGCCGUCAUGAUCCGUUGCCCAUUUGA